AUGAGUAUUACUAAAGCACAGAAGAAGUAUUUAAGAUACAAAUCUGUUGAUACAAGUCCCAUGCUUUUUGAUGUAACAAAUAUACUUCACAAUACUCAGUACCUUGUGGAUUUAGAUCUUGGAAUUUGUUCAUGUCCUCGUGGAGAUACAGGGUUUCCAUGUAAACACCAAAUGUUCAUAGCUCAGAAAUUGAAUAUAGAUUUGAGCAUUUGUUUACCUAUGACAGAGGACAUGAAAAAAAAAUUACACAUAAUAGCAUCUGGAUGUUCUGACAUAGAGAGUGGAUGGUAUGGUUCGGCUACAGACAUGAAUUAUGUGGAAUUUAAUGAAGAUAAUAAUAAAGAUUCGGAUCAAAAUAGCAUACAAACGAAUAAACAAAGUAAACAAAUAAAUGAGAAUAUGGACCCUGAGAUUAAUAAUGAAAAUAUAGAUCAAACUUAUGAUGAAGUAAUGGAUAGUUUCAAUAAAACCGUAGAAGACAUGAAGAAAAAAUUUGACUCGGAUAAGACAUAUUUCUUACCAGCUAUUACAUCGUUUGUAAAUUCAUACAAAAAAAACGUGAGAACAGAUGCUAGUCUAACCUCUGCGAUGGAGACAUUUGGUAAGUACUCGGGCUUAAAUCAUACUUCCAAAAAACCAAAAUUAUGUAGCAACAAAGAAAUUGGCACGCAGCCAACCGCUCGAUCAAGACGAGUCACUCAAAUUGGAGGAAGAAAAACAUUAAUUGCAGGCAGAUGCCCUAAAUGGAAAAAUGUGACCGAGCAUGGCUAUAGUAGUAAUAGUCUGUCUUCAAGCCAACUACCUCGAAAACCAUUUAACCCUACACAAUUGCCUCCAAAACCACAAAAAAUGCCACAUUCCAUAAAUUAUUUUGUAGAAGCAAAUAAAUCUGUAGGAGCCACACACAGUGCUAAGUAA